UUCGCUACUACGGCGUCUCUCCUCUGCUUCUCCGCGGGGCCCCUCUCUCUUCCAGGAGGCCGCUUUGAAUCAGUCUAUUCUCGGCAAGUGGCCGGGGAGGAGGAGGAGGAGGAGGGGAAGGUGGACACUCACUUAACCAUGGAGCCCCUGCGGUCAGCCACGGGGUACGGGCUCGCGGAGGACACCUCGCUCGCGCUGCCCUCCGACAACACCCUGAGCUCGGGACGCCAGCGCGUGCUCAAUCAAGUUGGCAGCAUGAAGCGGAGCAAGUCCAGGCGGGACCGGGACAAGAACGGCACGCUGUCUCCCGCUACAAGCCCGACUCAGGAGGUUUUCUCAACCUAUAAUGAGUUUGGAGGAUUCAAGUUCUCUCCAACCAAAGCAAAUGGCCACUACAGGGGCAUCAACUCCGUAUCAUCAGGAACUUCCAAAAUGAGAAACAGUCAAUGGAGACAUUCUGCAUCCACCAGAAACACAUCAAGCAGACACUUCAGCAGCUCGGGCAUAUUGGAAUAUGAACUCGGCCACUCUAACUUGUCUCAAGCUGCCAAUGGGCUGAAAACAAGUCGUAGCGAUCCUGCUUUGGUUCCUCCUGGUGUCUUUGCUCCUGCUCCUAGCAUGAGAGCAAAAGGACAGGUGGUCAAAAGCCCGAGCACCAUGCAGGCUCAAGGAAUUACACGGAGCACCCAUUCCGUGAUCAGUGGCGUGAAUUUAAAUAGAAGCCAGACACUUGUCACCAAGUCACCUGUUUCACUCCCUACUUUUGAGGGAAAAAUGGGUACCUUCAAAGCCUCCAAAGUAGAGCAGACAUCGGCGAUGAGCUCUGCUUUGUCCAUGCCAAACAUCAGCCUGGAGGAAGCUGUCAAUCUGCUGUCUCUCACUGGGCCACUGGACCAGCAGCGUGGAGCAACAUUCAUUCAGCACAUCACCUACGAGCAGGAGACUGCUAAAGCAGAGGUUUUAAGACUUGGAGGUGUGCAACAUUUGGUGGCUCUGCUGAAGAGCACCCAGCCAGAGGUGAGCCAGGCUGCUGCUGGCGCUCUGAGGAAUCUCUGUUUUAAGGAGCAGGAAAACAAGCUCGCGGUUCAGUCCUGUGAUGGAAUCCCUAAUAGCCUACAGCUGCUACAGAACACAGAUUCUACUGAGACCCAGAAACAAAUCACUGGCCUGCUGUGGAACCUCUCAUCUACUGACACGCUGAAGAAUGAUCUCAUAAAAGAGGCACUGCCCGUCCUGGCAAAGCAUGUGGUGAUCCCGUUCACCUGCGGUUCCGACGACAUUUUGAAAGCGCACAUAGACCCGAGCGUCUUCCACAAUGCAACAGGCUGCCUGCGAAACCUGAGCAGCGGUCCAUCGGAACACAGGAUGAAGAUGAGAAAAUGCGAUAACCUCAUCAGGUCCCUCAUAAGUUACAUACAAUCGUGUGUGGCUGAGGAAAAGCCAGAUGACGAGUCUGUGGAAAAUUGUGCAUGCAUUCUUCAUAACUUGACCUACCAUCUGGAGGACGAAAACCCUGAAAGUUUUAGCCACUAUAACUCUCUGGAAGAAGACCAAUCUGAGAGGAGGAAGAGCCCAACAGUUGGAUGCUUCAGCCCCAGGAGCAGCAAGGCUCAGAAACUGUUUUCAGUUGAUAACACUAAAACACUCUCAGAAACCAAUGGCUUAUCAGAUAUAAGCCUGUUGUGCCAUCCUAAAACCAUGGAUGUUUACCUGGCUCUGCUGAGUUCGUCAAAGAAUCCUGCCACUCUGGAGGCCAGCUGCGGUGCCCUGCAAAACCUCACAGCCAGUAAAGAACAGGGAUCCGCUGCUGUGAGCGAGGUUUUGGCUAAGAAGCUUGAUUCUAUGUUUGUUUUACCCUUGCUUUUGAAGUCAUCUAACAAAACCCUCCAUAAGAUCACUAUUUCUUUGCUGGAUAACAUGUCCCGCACCAGCAGUGUGCAGGCCGUCCUGGGAAAGCCGGUGUUGGCUGAUCUCAUCCAAAUUCUCCUCAAGAAUGUCAAUGACGUUAGGGAGUCUGAUGAACUUACAGCAACAGUUUGCAACAUAAUACGGAGACUGAUGCUGGCAAACAGUCAAAAAAGCAAGACGCUCAUCGAUGGAGAUCUACUUGAGUUACUGAAUGAGCUCAGAGCGAAGAAGUCGUUUCCUAAAUGCAACAGGGCAGCCUCAGUGCUACUGUACAGCAUGUGGAAUGACAAGACAUUGCAAAACUAUGUGAAAAAGUUUCCAGGUAUGAGCAAAUCAUUCUUUAUCAACCAAACAACGCAGAAUUACGUCAAAGAGUCCUUAUCAGAG